AUCAUUUUGUCAAAAUGAAAUGCUGUCAAAUGAAUCUAAAGACUUUCCAUAAUGACUAAAAAUGGACUGGACUUUAUAUCAAUCAUUGAUUAUCUUCAUUUUUGUGCUUACUGGCACCUUGAACACCUUGACUGCCAAGUAGGUUUGCUGAUCUUCAAGAAUCAGAAGGUAGUGAUGGAGAGAUAAGACAUUACAAUCAUCCAUUUAUUCAGUCACAUCAGAUGUUUUUUGGGAUGAUAUUCAAUAUAAUUUUGUUCAAAAUUCUUUAUUGUAUUUUCAAGAAACAAAGUGAGGAGAAGGUUGAAGACCAUAAAUUGACACAAGGAAAUAGAGAAUUCAGUGUUUUUAUAUUUUGGCUACCUGCCCUGUGCGAUAUGGUCGCGAGCAGUACAAUUUACAUCGCACUUAAUCUUACCUACGCCUCUAGCUACCAAAUGUUGAGAGGUGCCGUCAUCAUAUUCACGGCUCUCUUAAGCUAUCCCUUCUUUGGAAGAAUUCCCAACCUUAGAGAGAUUGUAGGCAUCAUUUUAGUCAUAGCUGGUCUUACGACUAUUGGGAUCUCCGAUUACGUAGAUAAGCAGGAAAGUGAAGACCCAAAGGAAACUCUGAUAAUAAUUAUUGGAGACGUGAUGGUAGUGGCGGCCCAGUUUUUGGCUGCCACCCAAGUCAUAUUAGAGGAGAAAUUUGUUGUCGAUAAGAACGUUCCACCGUUGCAGGCGGUAGGUUGGGAAGGAAUUUUUGGGUUUUCCACGAUGGUCGUGUUGAUGGUGCCCAUAUGUUUUAUAUACGUGGGACCACCCAUAGCAAAUAAUGCCAGUGGUACUUUGGAGGACGUUGUUGACGGUUAUGUGCAAAUAUACAAUAACUGGAAGAUCAUGGUUUCAACGAUUGUGAAUAUUCUCUCUAUAGCCGUAUAUAACUUCUGUGGCAUAACUGUCGGAAAAGAACUGACUAGCACCACAAGGAAAGUCCUAGACAGUCUCAGGGUGGUUAUUAUUUGGAUUGUUAGUAUGACCGUGUUUGGACAGAAGUUUCAGUACCUCCAGCUCAUAGGGUUCAUCAUCCUCUUACUCGGUAUGGGGUUCUACAACGAUAUGGGUUGCACGAAGAUAAAGGAGAAGAUGUUCCCGAAAGAGGAGGAAAACUGAGACACAACAGAAAGGAUGUCGGUCGUUUACAUUCUUUAUCUGUUUGGCAUGUUAAAAAUUCCACAGACCACAAAAUUAUCACUCCCAUUGAUGAAUAGAGUUUAAUCUCGAUGUUUUACAAGUAUAAUAACGAGGCUAUUUUCUUUAGGAAAUGUUUAUUAUUGGCCAGAUAAGCCAAUGUAUAAUCUGUAAAAUAUUACAAAUAUUUAUCAUGUAAAACAAUUACUAGUCAGCCUAGACGAUUGUAUACAUGACAAUGGUGUACAGGGUGUUUCGACGAGGUCAUCAUUGAAACUGAAAAAAUAAAAGGUUCAUUCCAACA